UGCAAGCUGGGAUGCCUGCGAGCGUCGAAGGCCCUGGGCGUGCCCCCCCGUAUCCAAGAAAGCUGUUAGCCAGCGUCGCGAUUCCUCACUCGCGAUCACACGAACCGCAUACGGGCUGUGCCCUCGUAUCGAAGAGAUUGUUAGCCAGCGCCGCGAUCACACGAUCGGCAGGACAGGCAUUGGAAGCGUCGACGUGAGCUGGCGAAUCCGACCCUAUCGAGCGCGGAAAGCGUCGCGCGAAUACCCCCACGGAUUCUUCCACCUGCAAUCCGCCUUUCUAUCUCAGGCCCUCCGCAAUCCGUCUCUCUAUCGCAGGCCCUCCGCAGUAAAACCCAGACAUGAGCGUGGAUAGAACAAAUCAGGUGGACUAAAACUUUUUGUUCUAUCCACACCUGUUCUAUCGUCCACCUCGUCUGUUCCACCUCUCGCUCAAUCCCUUGCCUCCACGGCACGACCGUUUUCCGCCCUCUGCCUCCGCUUCCUCUGCCUCCGCUUCCUCUGCCUCCGCUUCCUCUCCUCCGCCGCUUUCCGUGUUCUGCCUCUCCUCCGUGCGCUCGUCGCUUCUCUCCCAAUCCUUGCUCUGCCGAUCAGCUGGGGGGAGCCCAAUCCGCGAUAGCUAGCCCAUGGCAGCACGGUCUUGUUCCUCAAGAGAAGGCAGAUCGGAGGAGCGGCAGGAGGAGACGGUCAGCCACGUGGAUCGCGCGCACGUCAGCCGCCAGGCGUGCCUCCUCGCCGUCGUCCACGUCCAGCUGCACCUGCUGCAAGGCCCGCCGCCAAUCACGCGCCGCCAGAUGGACGCCGCUUCCCGGCUGUUGACGCGCAGGGAGCUCUGUGACGUCAUCAACGAGCGGGCGGCAGCAGGGCUGUGUGGUAGCCCGCAGUGUACACGCACUGUGGAUGUAACUCUACGGCAGAUUUUCAAUGUAGUGUCGAGCUCAAGCAAGUUCUACAGCGAGGGGUGUGAAGAGCGGUGCAAGGUGGUGAUUCUGUGCUUCCCCUGGGAGCAGGGCGGAGGGGAGGGCAGAGGGGGAGGGUGUUGGAGCAGGGAUGAGCUGACCGCCGUUGUCACAGCGGUCACCACGGCUGAUGCUGAUGCUGCAGGCGCUGGCAGUGGCGAUGCUGCCACAGGUGAAGCAGGUUCGGCUGCGUCAGGUUCGGCUGGUGUGAGUGAAAAAAGCGGCAGUGGCACAGGAGGGGAGGGAAGGGCGCAUGCAGGGGAGGUGGAGGCUUCUGCUCUCGUGUCUUCACGGCUGCAGUCUGCUGCUGCUCGCCUGUGGGCUGCCAGCAUGGCAGGGGUCAGUGGAGUGGCAGGGGAGGAAGGAAGUGGAGGGGCAGCGGUGACAGGAGGAUUCCUGGGUUUGGUGCUCAUGGCAGGGGGUGGGGGAGAGCCAGGGGCGGAGGGCAUGGAAGAGGAUGGGGAUGGGCAUGGGGACGGGGAUGGGGAUGGGGAUGGGGAGGAGUGGCGGAGCGAGAAGGUAGAGACCCUCAGGGGAGCGCGAGGCACACGGGAGGGCAGGAGAAGGCCGUGGGGUGCAGGCUCGCAUGAUGCACCUCUUGUUGGCAGCGCGGCUGCAGCUGCUUGCGUGCUGGAACGAGGUAUAGCAGGUGAAGGUUCUAAGCGGGCGUGCAGUGGAGCGACAGCAGCGCUCCGGGACAACAUAGCGGGCUGUAGAGGGCGCAGCAUCGCAGCGGGCCGCAGCAGCGGUGGCGACACUCGCAGGACGGGCAUCGAGGCAGGCAGUGGACGCGUCUGUGUCGCAGGGCAAGGCGCGGGGUUGUGCAGCGGGGAAGUAAGCACGUGCCGUCGCAGCGUCAGUGCUGCGUUUUGGGAGGCGCUGCUGUGCGAGAGGGGGGAGGAGAGAAGAAAUGGAAGCAGCACCUGUGUUGGGGGUCAUGGCGAUGCCCCGCCUGGGUGCGUGGUGGCACUUGGGGACGAAGCCUGCAGCGAGAGGGGCGGCACGGGCGAGGAGGAGGAGGAGCUGGAGCAUGAUGAGAUGCCAGAGCAGGCAGCGGGGCGAGCAGAGGGGGAGGCAGUGGGGGGCGAUGUAGGGCGACUGGGAGGCAUUAAUGAGGCGUUAGGAGUGGAGGCGGUGUGGCACAAGCUCAUGGUGAAGCGGCUGCACAAAGCAGCCUCCAAAUCCAAGGUCCUCUUGGAGGGCCUCCCAUCCGCGACCAGCCACUCGCGCAUGCCGCUUGCCCCUUUCUCCCCGCCCGCCUGUCUGCCUUCCUCGCCCUCCACACCCUCCUCUCGCCUCCACUAUCCACCUCAGCGCAGCGCCUCCCUGCCCCUCGCUUCCUCCUUCUCCUCCCCCUCUCGCUCCUCCCCCUCUCGUUCUUCUUCCUCUCGCUCCUCCCCCUCUCGCUCCUCCCCCUCUCGCUCCUCCCCCUCUCGCUCCUCCUCCUCUCGCUCCUCUCCCUCUGCCUCCUUCUGCGUCCCUUCCCCACCACCUCACUCGCGCUUUUCCGCAUUCAAGCAGGCAACCAUCCCCACCACGCCAAGCCGUUUCUCCUCUGCACAAUCUGCUGACCCCGUUCUCUCAUCCGCCUCCUCUCCCCUCACUCGCCCGCGUCGCCUGUCUCUCUCGGAGGCUUGCUCCAGAGAGGGUGGGCUCCACAGUGGCGCCAGGGCUGCUGUCAACAGCUCUCCUGCUCCUGCCAUGCCUUGUGCCGCCGCUGCACUGGCAGCAGCCGGUGGACCAGCAGCAGCUUCAGCAGGCAGCGACGCAGCUAUGAGCAGCACCACUCCACACGCGCUCCACCCUCGCUCCGCCGCUCCUCACUCUCUCACCCCGCGCUUCCCCAGUCCGCGGGGUGUCCUUCGCCCAGCCCUGCGCACAAGCCCGCGUUACACGCAAGGAAGCCGUGGUGAGGAGUGGGCUCUGCGGCGCAGCGUGUUGUGGGCGGACGCGCAGGGCAGGGCACUGGUGGAGGAGCUGGAGUCGGUCGGGCGCGCAUAGAGCACGCACUGUGGUGGACAACAGUGCAGUAGCCAGCGCGCACUGUGUGUCGCAGGGGCAUCGUGUAUGGGCAUGCCGCAUGACACCGUACCCACAUUCAUGGACAUGCUUUCUUGCUGCAGCAUGGGAGACAUGGAGCCGAGGAAGCUCAUGACUCGCGACUCCUGAUGCCCGCCAGCCACUCACCCUUUUUGUGCCGCCCAGGCAUUGCUCCACCCAGCUUGGCCGGCAUUGUUGGUCAAUGCUGGUGGGGAUGGCGUCGUUCAUAGAACAGAACAGAGGGUUCCAUUUCCAUACUAGUCCAUUCCGUUCCUCCUGUACAGACUAGCACGGCCUCUCACUCCACCACAGCCACCUGUUUUUGUGCCACGCCACGGCAUUCGUCCAUCCAGGUGGCCUGGAAUCACAACUUUCGCACCAGGAUUGCUCUGUGGACUUGUCAUUCUCCUGGUGACAUGUGAUCUGUCCACUGUACGUGCAAAUUAGGUACUACCCAUAAUAACCCACCCCACGGCGUUGUCUGCUGCACUGCAGCACGAACGAGCACAAGCUUCAUGCACCAUGGUGCAUUCAUGGGUGAGCAUGGUGUCCAAACCUGGCGCAAGCAAUGCUGCAUCCAUGGUCAUCUGUUCUCAUUCACAUUGGCGGCGACCCACACCAGUCAAGAGUAGCUCCCGUUCUCAUGUGCCUUUGUUCAAGGUUGGCUGCAUUGGCUUGCUCACAUA